AUGCGGCCUCUAUUCACUGGCGUAUGUUUGGUGUUUGCAAAGGUGUUGAACCGCGCAGCACGUGCAAAUGUCCGCAUCACGGCAGAGGGUCAUCCUGCGAGUUCCGGGCUCUUGGAAAUCCAGACCAGCUCCGGGUCAUAUGGGUCUGUGUGUGGAAUGAAUGCCGAAGCAGCAAGUGUGGCCUGCAGGCAGUUGGGCUUUGAGUUCGGUGUGCAGAGCCCAUCUCCAUGCGGCCAGUAUGGAGGAGGGAGCUGGUGUGGGGCAGCAGGAUCACCUGUUGCCGUGAAGAGCUUGAAGUGCCUGGGGACAGAAAUGAGUGUUGACGAGUGCAGCUCAGAAGCAGUAGACGAUGCAUGUCUGAGCCACGGCAGUGAUGCUGUCAUCUUCUGUGGCGCAAGCUCUGUGGGCGCUUUCCGAGAUGGCGAGCUGCGGUUGGUUGGAUCAACAGGUGCACCAGCCCUGCCCAAAGAGGCCGGACGCCUAGAAGUGUUUCUGGCCGCCGCUCAAGCCUGGGCGCCAGUGUGCAAGCUUGGGUUCACGAGCGGAUCGGCUUCAGUUGCUUGCAAGCAGAUGGGCUACCCAGGGGCAGCAGGCUUCGCAGGUUGCCGAUCCCAGGAAGCCUGUGGAGGAGUGGCGCCGCAGCUAGCAGACUUGGCUUGCUCUGGUUCAGAGACCAGUGUGUUGCAGUGCCCUAUGUCAACCGGGGACGACGUGUUCUGUGCGCCAGAGGAGUCCGUGCUUUUGUCUUGUGCUGGACAGGGCGAUCCGAUUGGAAAGCCGACGGAGCGAACAGAAGCAACCAACAUUGUACGACGCAGUCGUACGGCGGAUGAUAUGCUGGUGUUGUCGGUUCGGCAUGUGUCUGCGGCCACUGCCGCUGCUCCUGCGCACUUCCUGAUGAUCAGCGGCGUGACGGCUGUUGAUGAGACUUGCCUGGCAGGGUCUGCAGCAGGUGUGUGGCUUGAAUCCUGCGAGAAGGCAGUGGCUGGCAUGAGUGGGGAAGAGAUCUGGAGCUUGGCGACAGAUGGGACCUUGGUGCACGCGCGAUCGAAGACGUGUCUCAGCCCGCAAGGAACAAGUGCUGCUGGUGUGCCUCUAGCGCUGGUGUCGUGCGACGCAGCUGGCGGCGUGGCGAAGUGGGAACUGCAAGGGAACGGUCAGGUCAAGAUGGCGCAGAGCAACAUGUGUAUCAGCCAGGUCGGGCCAAGUGGUGCUGCGGUCAACGCGGCCGCCUCAGCUUCAGUGUCUGCAAGCUCGACGUUAGAUCCCAGCCAUGGGGCAGCUUUGGCCGUUGACGGGGUGGCGUCCACCUACUGGGUUUCUAAACUGGACGAGGCAGAUGCCGUCAGCCUUCUCCUUGACUUCGGAGAGCCGGUGCAUGGAUCCGUCUUGGAGCUCGACUUCGAAUUCGCGCCUUCGGCGUUUUCAGUGCAGGCUGCGGAGGCCUCGUCGGAGAAUUGGCUGCAACUAUUUGCGACAGACUCGAACGCUUUGAAGCAUGUGAAGAUUCCUCUCGCGCCGGCCAAGCCCAUGUCGGCAGUCAGACUCAUCAUGAAGGAAGCCCAUCCGACACUCGGGACCAUGAACGGCCGUAAGCUUGUUGGGGUUCGCUCUAUCAGGCUGCUGACGCGGCUGCUGCAGCCGGCGCUGGAGCCAUGUGCAGUGGCGGCGAAAAGCCACGAUGCAAGAGACAAGUUCUUCACCGUUGCAGUCAGUGGCUUUGACCCGCAAGCUGGUGCUGCUUUGGCAGCCGAGAUGCCUGCGCUGGAGUCGGCAGAUGCGGCGCUUUCGUCUAUCGUUGUCGAGCUCGCGAAGGCCUUGCCUGCGAUCAGCUCCUGCAAGCCUGGCGGCCCUAUCUCCCUUCGUGCCAAUGCCACGAUCCAGAGCAGUCAGCGACGCCGAGAAGUCCUCGACAUGGCGUUGGACGUGGGCCAGGAAGCAGCCUUGCUGGAGGAAGCCAGGGGCACCAUUGUCGCAGCGCGUGGGCUGCUGGCCAUGCGGCCUCUAUUCACUGGCGUAUGUUUGGUGUUUGCAAAGGUGUUGAACCGCGCAGCACGUGCAAAUGUCCGCAUCACGGCAGAGGGUCAUCCUGCGAGUUCCGGGCUCUUGGAAAUCCAGACCAGCUCCGGGUCAUAUGGGUCUGUGUGUGGAAUGAAUGCCGAAGCAGCAAGUGUGGCCUGCAGGCAGUUGGGCUUUGAGUUCGGUGUGCAGAGCCCAUCUCCAUGCGGCCAGUAUGGAGGAGGGAGCUGGUGUGGGGCAGCAGGAUCACCUGUUGCCGUGAAGAGCUUGAAGUGCCUGGGGACAGAAAUGAGUGUUGACGAGUGCAGCUCAGAAGCAGUAGACGAUGCAUGUCUGAGCCACGGCAGUGAUGCUGUCAUCUUCUGUGGCGCAAGCUCUGUGGGCGCUUUCCGAGAUGGCGAGCUGCGGUUGGUUGGAUCAACAGGUGCACCAGCCCUGCCCAAAGAGGCCGGACGCCUAGAAGUGUUUCUGGCCGCCGCUCAAGCCUGGGCGCCAGUGUGCAAGCUUGGGUUCACGAGCGGAUCGGCUUCAGUUGCUUGCAAGCAGAUGGGCUACCCAGGGGCAGCAGGCUUCGCAGGUUGCCGAUCCCAGGAAGCCUGUGGAGGAGUGGCGCCGCAGCUAGCAGACUUGGCUUGCUCUGGUUCAGAGACCAGUGUGUUGCAGUGCCCUAUGUCAACCGGGGACGACGUGUUCUGUGCGCCAGAGGAGUCCGUGCUUUUGUCUUGUGCUGGACAGGGCGAUCCGAUUGGAAAGCCGACGGAGCGAACAGAAGCAACCAACAUUGUACGACGCAGUCGUACGGCGGAUGAUAUGCUGGUGUUGUCGGUUCGGCAUGUGUCUGCGGCCACUGCCGCUGCUCCUGCGCACUUCCUGAUGAUCAGCGGCGUGACGGCAGUUGAUGAGACUUGCCUGGCAGGGUCUGCAGCAGGUGUGUGGCUUGAAUCCUGCGAGAAGGCAGUGGCUGGCAUGAGUGGGGAAGAGAUCUGGAGCUUGGCGACAGAUGGGACCUUGGUGCACGCGCGAUCGAAGACGUGUCUCAGCCCGCAAGGAACAAGUGCUGCUGGUGUGCCUCUAGCGCUGGUGUCGUGCGACGCAGCUGGCGGCGUGGCGAAGUGGGAACUGCAAGGGAACGGUCAGGUCAAGAUGGCGCAGAGCAACAUGUGUAUCAGCCAGGUCGGGCCAAGUGGUGCUGCGGUCAACGCGGCCGCCUCAGCUUCAGUGUCUGCAAGCUCGACGUUAGAUCCCAGCCAUGGGGCAGCUUUGGCCGUUGACGGGGUGGCGUCCACCUACUGGGUUUCUAAACUGGACGAGGCAGAUGCCGUCAGCCUUCUCCUUGACUUCGGAGAGCCGGUGCAUGGAUCCGUCUUGGAGCUCGACUUCGAAUUCGUGCCUUCGGCGUUUUCAGUGCAGGCUGCGGAGGCCUCGUCGGAGAAUUGGCUGCAACUAUUUGCGACAGACUCGAACGCUUUGAAGCAUGUGAAGAUUCCUCUCGCGCCGGCCAAGCCCAUGUCGGCAGUCAGACUCAUCAUGAAGGAAGCCCAUCCGACACUCGGGACCAUGAACGGCCGUAAGCUUGUUGGGGUUCGCUCUAUCAGGCUGCUGACGCGGCUGCUGCAGCCGGCGCUGGAGCCAUGUGCAGUGGCGGCGAAAAGCCACGAUGCAAGAGACAAGUUCUUCACCGUUGCAGUCAGUGGCUUUGACCCGCAAGCUGGUGCUGCUUUGGCAGCCGAGAUGCCUGCGCUGGAGUCGGCAGAUGCGGCGCUUUCGUCUAUCGUUGUCGAGCUCGCGAAGGCCUUGCCUGCGAUCAGCUCCUGCAAGCCUGGCGGCCCUAUCUCCCUUCGUGCCAAUGCCACGAUCCAGAGCACUCAGCGACGCCGAGAAGUCCUCGACAUGGCGUUGGACGUGGGCCAGGAAGCAGCCUUGCUGGAGGAAGCCAGGGGCACCAUUGUCGCAGCGCGUGGGCUGCUGGCUUCGUCGUGA